GAAGAGAACUACAGGUUGAGAAUGAUGUUGGACCAAGUCACCCAAAACUACCACCAUCUUCAAUUUUUCAUUGCUAUGCAGAAGCAAAAGCCGUUUCAGAAGGUGGAGAAAAAGGAGAUGAUGUCUGGUCAUCAUUUAAUGGACCCACAAUCAUGCACCAAAUUGGACGCUAAAGUUGUUGCAUCAGUCUCCGAUGAUAAAUCUAGUCAAGAGGCUCAUCCUGAUCGUGUAGAAGAUGUUAUUGAACAAUCAUCAUCCAAGAGUCCCAAGUUUGAAGAAUCUAAACCCGGUGAGCCUCCUUUAAGAAGAACCAGAGUUUCCGUGCGUGCAAGAUCAGAAGCUCCAGUGAUUUGCGAUGGAUGUCAAUGGAGGAAAUACGGGCAAAAGAUAUCCAAGGGUAAUCCAUGUCCUCGUGCCUACUAUCGUUGCACCAUGGCACUAGGAUGUCCGGUUCGUAAACAGGUGCAAAGAUGCACAGAGGACAAGAGUGUAUUAAUAACAACUUACGAAGGCAAUCAUAACCACCCUCUUCCACCUUCAGCCACGGUGAUGGCCAAUUCUACCUCAGCAGCUGCAACUAUGUUCUUAUCUUCUUCAGGUUCAACAACAACAAGUAACGAAGCACUAAACAACAGUGUAGGAGUAUUCUCUUCCAUGUACCUCUCAGCUUCUGCACCAUUUCCCACUAUCACCCUUGACAUGACCAACAACAACCCUAUGCAACUGCACCGGGACACCUCCUCUUUUCCAUUGCAUGCAACUACUUUUCCUCAGCUACCAGGCCACCCUAUCAUCUUCCCUCACAAAUUGCAACAUUCACCAGGGCAAAAACAACCUUCCUUUAUGACAGAUAUCAUGACUGCAGCUGUUGCUUCCAAUCCAAAUUUCACUGUAGCGUUAGCAGCAGCUAUCUCGUCAAUUAUUGGAGCUCCUAGAAGCAAUGAUGGAAAUAAUAUCUACAGUAACAAUGGUGGAAAUGUUCUUGCUCUUGGGACAUCUAUGUUGCCUGGAUCCACUUAAUUUUUUUCACCUUCAUGCAUAGCUUACAUAUCUAUAUGGUAAUAUAUACAUGUUAUUACCUCUAUGUAUAAAAUGUAAAUAUAGGAAUAUAGUUGUUUUUUUGGGAGAAAAAUUGUAUGGAAGGAAAAAGUCAACAAUAAGAACUCAUUAAUUUUUCUCUCAUUAUGCUUAAAGUAAGAAAUUAGGAAUGUACAAUAUAAGAACAGCGGCCACAGAAUGGUUUUGCUACCUAACAUGUGGAAGAUUUGGUUACAUUGUUGAGGCAUGAAUAUGUAAAUCAAG